GCACACUUUGCGACCAACCCAACGCGAAGCUCCCAAGCUCCCGAACCGACUUUUCCCAUUAAUAUACCCAGCAUCUAUAGCGCUCGGUUCGACCGAUUCAACCUCCGUCACAAUGGCCAGCGGAUAUGACGACGUUGCGAAGCAGUUCAUCGAGUUCUACUACAACACCUUCGACAGCGAUCGCAAGUCACUGUCUGGCCUCUACCGCGACCAGUCCAUGCUCACGUUCGAAUCCGCCUCGGUCCAAGGUGCCACUGCCAUUGUUGAGAAGCUCACGUCUCUCCCCUUCGAGAAGGUCAAGCACCAGGUCUCUACUCUCGAUGCCCAGCCUGGCAUGUUGGAAGGUGGGAUUGUCAUUCUCGUGACUGGGCAGCUUCUGGUUGAUGAGGAGCAGCGUCCGAUGAACUACACACAGGCGUUCCAGCUUGCUCGCGAUCCCAGUGGCCAGUACUUCGUCUUCAACGAUGUCUUCAAGCUGGUUUUCGGUUAAAGCCACACCUUGGAGCUUGUCGCAGGUGCUUGGGCCUGGUUUGGCCUGGCUUGCUGCUCAGGAACGCUCAAACGAAAAUGGCAACGAUGAUAUGAUGGCUCUAGAUGCAUAGAGAUAUAGCAAAACAGGAAGAAUGUGAAGCAUGUCUCUCGCGCAUUGGCAGGCUGCAGCCACAUAAACGGGCUACGGAGGCAAGUCCACGCAUAAUCAACCAUUCUGCAAGCAUUGCAUUGCUGUGUCAAGGCCGUCAAACCCACGUGAAAUGCGUCUGGAUCUUUAAUAUCGUUGCAGUGUCGCAACAGCCGGAGAAACAAAUGCAGACCCGCAGAGGACCUACCGCGAGACAUACCCGCGACGCCUAGCCUGCACCGCUUUGCAGAAUCAAAAGUAUCUGCCAUUUCUCUGGCGCGUAACUGCAACCAUGGCGCGCGCAAGGUGCCUGCUGGUUGGAGAGGCCGCGGCAAUGCUACUUGUCAGUGGGUUUGGGCUGUCAGCCGCGCUGUACUGCGGCGCGUUAUUCGGGCUGGCCCAUACAGUACCCAGC